CUCCAAACUCCAAACUCCAAACUCGGUUGGGAAACCAAAGGGGUAUCCGCAACUUGGGCGGCAGGCUCGUUCCUCGUAAUAAGCUGCUCCGUUUCACCGGACCGCCGAUCUGCGAGGGAGUCCUUGUCCUCUUCCACACAUCAAAACGGUGGGCGAUCCGAGAAGGCCGACGCCAGAAGAUGGCGGGGCCGGAGCAGGACGACGGUUGCGGUGGAGAGUUCGAGAGAGAUCGGCAAACCCAUGCCUCUUCAUCCUUCGUGUGGGACGACGGUUCGAAGCUUUACUACCACGCCAGGUCCGGAUUCUCUCGGUUAUCGCCAGUUGAAGGUAGUGGGUUUUAUCAUGAUCCCAGUGCUGGAUGGUACUAUAGCAGUAGAGAUGGUCUUUAUUACACAUUUGAAGAUGGAAGAUACAUUCCACUGCCAUGCGAUGAGAAGGGCAAGGAAACUCAUGCUCUUGAAAAUGCAAGAUGUGAUUCCCCUUGGACCACUCAAGAUAAGGCAUCUGGUGUAGAAGAAAACCCAACAGCUGAUGGGAUGGUAUGUCCACCAUCAGAAUGGUUAGAAGAAACGCUGAUUGAUCUCUAUUUGUCUGGUUGUUCCAACCGAAAUGCCCAUGCUGAUGUCUCAUCAACUUGUCUGCAAACAGAUGAUGCUUCAUCAGAGGAGAAAAACUGGCAGGCUCAAUAUGGUCAAGUAGUUAGAUCUGAUGAUGAGGGCAUGCCGUGUUUUCCAGUUGUUGAUCUUUGGGACUGGGAGAUGGUUACUAAACCUGUGAAGAAAAGCAACAUAGUCUCCAAACUGAUUGGCAGGACGGUUAGAUGUUCUAACAAGCUGCAUCCUUCUGUGUCUGCUGGUGGUCUUGUGAAAACUGCUGCCAUCGAUGCGGUUCAUCUGGAUCUGGUGCAUGUUGCUUCAGGAAAGGUUUACCGGUUGAGGAGCCCAAACAGAAGAUACUUGGCUUCUAUAUCAACAUUUGAUUCUUCCAACCCCACAAAGGAUUGGGGUUUUCCUGAUUUGUAUGCCAAUUUUCAGAGUGUUGUGUUUCACACAUUGGAUCCAAAAUGCCAAUCCUAUCUUGCAAAUGAAGUCAUUGGUGAAGUAUCGUCUUCUAUGAUUGACAAAGUUCCUAACACAUUGGAGAAGCACCAAAAUUUUACUUAUAAAGAUAGAGCUGCUGCGAGGAGAACGUUAUAUGGUGAUUUCAGUAUAGGUCCUGGACAAAAGGACACUGAGAAUAGAUCUUUUGAUGAAGCAAGCUCACCUUCACGAUAUUCCAGUGCAGAAGAUGCUGCUGCAGAAGCCAUAAAUAUGUCAUUUGGAAGUGGAAGUUAUGCCAGAAGAAUUCUAGAAAACAUGGGGUGGAAUGAUGGAGAAGGUCUAGGGAAUAGCAGAAAAGGUAUUUUGGAGCCGCUGCGUGCUGUUGGUAACAAGGGCUGUGCUGGUUUGGGAUGGAGCGACUCCCUGCGGCAUGCUUCGUAGCCUCCUCCGAGAUUCUUAUUAUCUGUGGCCCAAUGCUAAAGUCUGACAGCAUCUGUGUCCAACAUCUUCAGUUUACACCCGAUGACCUUUAAUCUUUCGAUGGAGACGAGUUCUUCCGAGAUUCUUAUUCUUGUGAUGGCUCAUUUGGUUUCCCUCAAUCAAGUUCAUCGACUGUUAUAACUGCAUGUAUACAUUCUGUGUGGAUCGAACUCAUCAUGGGGAUGCUAAUAUUCCAGAGUUACAGUUUGGGCGAGACAGUUGUCCCCAAUCCAUUAUCAGGAUAUGAUUAAUCGGAAUAUGAACGCCAAGGUUUGGGCCCUUUUCACUGGUUGUGCAUCCAAUUGGACUUUUCCGGUCGGUGUACUCCCCCUUCCCCCUGGCGUCGAUGGCGAAUGUAACCAACGAACGCGUUGUUGGGACUCAAAAGGAGAGUAAUAAAGUGCGAUUUUAUCUUUUUGAUUUUGUGUAACCACUUGAACUGAUUGAUGCACGGUCAAGUUUCCUGUGGCAUGACGACUUUGGGCAAUGGUUAUGGGCCUCUGUACUUUCUUA